UUGCUGCGAAGAGUAGCGUUACCUUGGCUCUGAGCCCUACAAAGGUUUUUUUCAACAUUCCAGAGCUGAUCGGGUGGGACACACACAUGGUUGUGCGCACUCAGCCAUGCUACGUAGUUUACUCAGCUAAACAAACAAGGUUACGGAUACAAGGUGUUAGGUCUAAGGCAAACGUUUUCUCUGUUGAGUGACGCUAGUUUUGGGUAGCUGCGUAAAAGCACCUGCGUAUAAUAUAGCUAUAUCGAAAUCGUUGUCGUGAGCAGAAUACAUGUCGGAUGGACCUGAUGUGUUGGCUACAACUCUUUCUCGCAUUUGCUGCGAGUAGCGUUACCUUGGCUCUAGAGAGCCAGGAGCCCUACCACCAGAUAUAUCCCCCAGUCAACGACACGGAUGGCCGGACACCGCUGUAUUUCGCAGUAGUACUUUCUUUUGGUGGGAGCAGCUACAAGAGCGUCGGAGCACUGCCGGGAAUCCAGAUAGCACUGGACUACAUCAACAGGGAACCCUCCAUCCUCCCUGGAUACAGUCUUCACUACACCCUCACCGACUCCAAGUGUGACCGCUCCACGGCCAUCAGGUCCUACUUUACUCAGAUUACAAAUCUUCCUACUAAGGUAGGGUGGGUGGGGUCAGGCUGUUCCCCAGCCACAGAGCCCACUGCCGAGCUGACUCAAUACCACAAUAUUGCUCAGGUCUGGUCAUUUGAUUCUCAAGAAAAUUUUGCUUAAGAGUGCAUAUUAUCUAUGACAUCCUGAGUUGGGUUAGUCCUCGUGAUCAGUUCCU